AUGGUUACAUCAACAGUCCUCGGAUUCCCCCGUAUGGGACCCAACCGCGAGCUCAAGAAGGCGCUCGAGGCUCACUGGGCCGGCAAGAUCUCAGAGGCUGACCUUUUGGCCACCGCCAAGGACUUGCGAUUGAAGCACUGGAAGUUGCAGAAGGAGCAGGGCGUUGACGUCGUUGCUUCUAACGACUUUUCCCUCUACGACCACGUCUUGGACCACUCCGUUAUGUUCAAUGUCAUUCCUGAGCGUUACACCAAGUUCAACCUCUCCACCACUGAGACUUUCUUCGCUAUGGGCCGUGGAUUGCAGCGUGCUGCGACUGAGUCUGCUUCUGCUGUCGAUGUCACUUCCCAGGAGAUGGUCAAGUGGUUCGACUCUAACUACCACUUCAUGCGUCCCGAGUUCUCCAACAAGACCGAGUUCAAGUUGAACACCACUAAGCCCGUUGACGAGUACCUUGAGGCCAAGGCCGCUGGUAUCGCUACCCGCCCUGUCCUCCUCGGUCCCGUUUCCUUCCUUUACCUCGGUAAGGCUACCAAGGACUCUACCGGUCUCGAGACCAUCUCCCUCCUGGAGAAGCUCCUCCCCGUCUACCAGGAGUUGCUCGGUAAGCUCGCUGAGGCCGGUGCUGAGUGGGUCCAGAUUGACGAGCCCAUCCUCGUCUUCGACCUCCCCGAGAACGUCCGUGCCGCCUACAAGAAGGCCUACGAGGCCCUCGCCUCCGCUACCAAGCCCAAGAUUAUGUUCGCUACCUACUUCGGUGAGCUCGGCUCCAACCUCGACGUCGUCAAGGGUCUCCCUGUCGAGGGUAUCCACGUCGACCUCGUCCGUGCUCCUCAGCAGCUUGACUCCGUCCUCGACAUCUUGAACGACACCCAGGUUUUCUCUGCCGGUGUCGUCAACGGACGUAACAUCUGGAAGACCAACCUCGAGGAGGCCGUCGCUACUGUUCAGAAGAUCGCCCAGAAGAUCGGUGCUGAGCGUGUUAACGUUGCUGGUUCCUCUUCUUUCUUGCACACCCCUCACACGCUUGAGUCCGAGACCAAGUUGCCUGAGGAUGUCAAGCAAUGGUUCGCUUUCGCUAAGGAGAAGGUUCGUGAGUUGGCCGUUAUCGCUAAGGCUGUCGCUCAGGGCCCCGCUGAGGUUCGUGAGGAGCUCGAGGCCAACAAGAAGGCCAUGGCCGCCCGCAAGGCUUCCAACUUCGCUACCGUCCAGGCUGUCCGUGAGCGUCAGUCAAAGGUCACCGGCGACGACUACAAGCGCAAGUCUCCCUUUGCUACCCGUAAGGAGGUUCAGAAGGAGAAGUUGAACUUGCCCGAGUUCCCUACCACCACCAUCGGUUCCUUCCCCCAGACCAAGGAGAUCCGUGUCGCCCGUCAGAAGCACACCAAGGGUGAGCUUUCUCCCGAGGAGUACGAGAAGUUCAUCGAGCGCGAGAUCCAGGAGGUUGUCAAGUUCCAGGAGGAGUGCGGUCUCGAUGUCCUCGUCCACGGUGAGCCUGAGCGCUCUGACAUGUCUGAGUACUUCGGUCAGCGUUUGGAUGGUAUUCUCUUCACCGUCAGCGGAUGGGUCCAGUCUUACGGUUCCCGUUGCGUUCGUCCCCCCAUCAUUGCUGGUGACAUCUCUCGUCCUCACCCCAUGACUGUCAAGGAGUCCAAGUACGCUCAGUCCUUGACCGACAAGCCCAUGAAGGGUAUGCUUACUGGUCCCGUCACUCUCUUGAGGUGGUCUUUCCCCCGUGACGAUGCUCCUGAUGCUCUCCAGGCCGAGCAGCUCGCCUUGGCUCUCCGUGAUGAGGUCUUGGAUCUUGAGGCUGCUGGUAUUUACGUCAUCCAGGUCGAUGAGCCCGCUCUCCGUGAGGGUCUUCCCCUCCGUAAGGCCGACUGGGCUCCUUACCUCGACUGGGCCGUCAAGGCUUUCCAGCUCUCCACCGCUGGUGUCGAGGACCGCACUCAGAUCCACUCUCACUUCUGUUACUCUGACUUCAACGACAUCUUCGACUCCAUCAAGGCUUUGGACGCCGAUGUUACCACCAUCGAGAACUCCAAGUCUGACAUGAAGUUGUUGAAGGCUUUCAAGACUGGCAACUACGAGGCUUGGGUUGGUCCUGGUGUCUACGACAUCCACUCUCCUCGUGUUCCCUCUGUUGAGGAGAUCGUUGAGCGUGCUAAGGAGAUGCUCGAGGUUAUCCCCCGCGACCUUUUGUGGAUUAACCCCGACUGUGGUCUCAAGACCCGUGGAUGGGCUGAGACUAAGGCUGCUUUGAUUAACUUGGUCGAGGCUGCCAAGGAGUGCCGCAAGCUCUAA